AUGGGACUAUUGAAGAAGCGAAAACACCUGCUGGACGUCGAGAGAUCGCCAACGCUCUCGCCCACACAGCAGCCUCUGGUGCUGGCGCCAGCGGCAGCCGUCGCCAAUGGCACGGGGCCCACCCUGGACGCCAUUCCCCCAGGGAGCUUCUUGGACCUCAGCGCCGUCGACGACCUGCCCAUUGGCCUCAAACAACCCUCCGCCAUCGGCGCCAAUGCCCAAAGCACCCCGACCAAACCGCCUCGGGUCCCCGAGUCCCAGCUGACCCCGAACAAUACCGUUAUCCAUCAUACCCCACUGGGAGUGGGCGUGGUCCACACGCUGACGCCGACUCAGCUGGCGCCGCAAGUGCCGUCGCCGCCGACGCCGCGGACGCUGAACGAACCCUCCACGCCCAAGAUCCAGAUUGACCCCCCAGAAAUGAAGAAACUGGACCUGGGGAUCAUCUCGCUGAUCAUCAACGCCGCCCACAACGCCGCCACGAUGAUCCUGAACCUGAUGGACGAGGACCGUCCUAAGCAGGACCUGGGACUGCUCAACCUGGACCCCGAACGCAACAACCUGCUGUUCACCAAUAAGCUUGACUCAUUGCUUAAGCCAGCCGCGGUCACUCUGCUGAAGCUGCUGCUCACAGAGAAAGACACCUCCACCGUACCUCUGAAUCAGGAGACCAUCACCGCACCUAAAGAACCCUCCGACUCGUUGGCGCCGAACCAUAGCCACGCGCUGGAUGUGCACUUCAACCUGAUCCGCGAAAGCCCUCUUCAAACCAUCGGCCUGGGCGAUUUGACAUUAGAGGCAUUUGACCAAGUACAGCGGGACCAACAAAACUUGUCGCCGAUGCCUCUGCGGAAGCUGACGCUGAUACUGCGGCGUCUGCGAGCCGCCAGUCCCGUGGGCGUUCGGUCACCUAAGCUAGGCGCCAUUGACGCUGCCAGCACUACACCAGCAGGAAACGGAGCGGUGGCGAACAGAGUGCUGACGUCUAACCUGGUACGGCUGCUUGAACGAGUAAAGCUGGAUCAGAGUGACGACAACGAUAGCAUUGUGGACCUGGAAGACGAGAGAAUACCAGGAGCGACACUGGAUACCGACGCCGAUGUCGAAGGUGUUGAAGGUCAGACUCCCCGCAAGGGACGCCUGAUGCGCCGCAAUAAAGAGUUCCACCAAGCGUUUAAGCAGAUUCCCUCUCUGGAAAGACUUUUGGACUCUUUCAGCUGUGCUCUCACUAAAGAUAUUCUCGUUCAGGGGAGAAUGUUUGUGCUGAAAAACUACAUCUGCUUCAAUCUGAAUAUUUUGGGGUGGGUGACCCAUUUAGUGAUCCCGUUGAAGGAAGUGAUCCAAAUUGAGAAAAAGAGUACCGCAGUGUUAUUCCCCAACGGGAUUGUCAUUAAAACCCUCCACCAGCGGUACGUGUUCGCUACUUUUCUCAAUCGUGAACACCUGUUUAAAGUGAUUAGAAACGCCUGGCACCAAGUGCUUAACAAGAACGGGGAUGCGCGUACCGCUCGCGCCCGCGCCGGCAGAAAGCUGAUAGACCUGCUGGCGCUGAGAAUCGAAGGCGACUCCGACGACGACUAUGAUCUGGAGGCUGAUAUCGAUGACGACGACCACGACGAGACCGGUUCGCUCAUUUCUGACGAUGACAUGUCUAGCUUAGAGGACACCGGCCACAAUCUGCUGAGCGGGGGUGGCGCUAGUGGUGGCGGCGACGGAUGGUUCGGUUUACCCAUCGUCGGUCCUGCCACCCAUGCUGCCACUGAAAAUGGCUACACCAAAAAGGCGGGCGAUACGUUUAUUGGUGAUGAUAUUCUCAAUUGUCCCUUGGGUGUUGCCUUCAACUGUAUCUUUGGCACCAACACCGAUGCUCAGCAAAAGUUCCUUGAAAAGGGGAAGAACUUUGACAUUUCCAAGAUCACAGCGCUUACCAAAGACAAUAAGGAGCGUGACUUCCAAUACACCAAGCCACUUAACGCCCCUAUUGGCCCUAAACAAACCCGAUGCAUUAUCCACGAUAAGAUCCUCCAGUAUGAUGUCAACAAGGUGAUCUGCGUCGAAACCAUCACCAGCAGUCCCGACGUGCCACUGGGCAACCUGUUUAAGGUUAGACUGACCCAGUAUUUGCUGUGGGCGGACAACAACAGUACGCGGCUCUACACGGUGACGGCGAUCGACUGGUCGGGCAAGCUGUGGAUCAAAGGUGCCAUUGAGAAGGGGAGUAUCGACGGUCAGAAGGAGUCGCAAAAGGGUGUUGUUGAGUUCAUUAACGACCUUGUCGCCGACAGCAAAAAGGGUGGUGGCUCGUCAAAGAAGAAGGCCAAGACCCGCAGUCGCCGCAACACCGAAGCGGCUGAAAAGGCACCCGAGCCUGUUAAAGUGGUAGUGCCUAAGGAACAAUCUCUUGGCGAGAAGAUCAAUGACGUCAUCGACCUGGUGGGCAAGUUGGUGCCGAUCCCUAUGGUGCCGUCGUACGCAGUGGGGCUUAUCGUGUGGGGGCUUGUGUUUUUCUUAGGGACGAUGGUGGUGAACUCGGUGUUUGGCCUCCACCGCGAGGCGCUGCUGUCGGGCGCCACCAUCCAGGUGGUCCCUGGGGAGACGGUGAUGCUGCAGAUCCGCAUCAACGACGCUCGCUUUGUGGUUAUGCCCUCUGUCGACACCGCAUUAAACGACCCUUUGCUCCGCAAGCACCAGGAACAGCUGUUGUGGCAAUGGCUAGAGGAGCGGCUGCAACACCACCUCAAGGUUAACCCAGAGGCAUCGGAGCCUCGCAAACAGGCGGAACGGUCAUUGCGCGAACAAGCGCUCGUCGAGGUCAUUGAGCAGACACGAAACCGUCUCGACGACAUGGCCGCCAACCUUAAUUGA